GGUCACCCGCUUGGAGGGUUUAUUAUAACUGUCAGCACAAGAAACCCACUAAAAAUAACCCAGAUAAUUUACAGAAGCAAAAAUGGAGGCAGUGGUGGUGGAUGUUGGUUCCAAGCUUCUCAAAGCUGGCUUAGCAAUUCCUGACCAGAGCCCACCUUUGGUAAUUCCUACCCAAAUGAAGAAGGUCAUAGAGGAUGGUCUAACAGUGAAUGCUUCAGCACUUCAGGAUAUCACAAUUGAACCCGUUGUGCGUGGCUUUAUUAGAGAUUGGGAUGCCAUGGAAGAUUUGCUGCAUCAUGUUCUUUAUUCUGGCCUUGGAUGGGAAAUGGGAAACGAAGGAAACAUUUUAUUUACUGAUCCACUUUUAACCCCGAAGGGCCUACGGGAACAAUUGGUCCAUCUGCUGUUUGAAACUUUCAAUGUCUCCGGAUUUUACGCAGCAGAACAAGGAGUGCUAUCACUGUAUGCUGUAGGGCGUAUUUCCGGCUGCACAGUUGAUAUCGGUCAUGGGAAGAUUGACAUUGCACCAGUUAUUGAAGGUGCAGUUCAUCAUAUUUCUUCAAGAAGAUUUGAGGUAGGAGGUAUUGAUUUGACAAAGUUACUUGCCCAGGAACUUGGAAAGUCAAAUCCAGAAGUAAACCUGAAAGUGUCUGAUGUUGAGAGACUGAAAGAGAAGUUUUCUUGUUGUGCUGAGGAUGAACUUGAUUAUGAGAAGCUAUUGCAUAACUCUCGGAAAGAACAACACACACUUCCUGAUGGACAGGUCAUUACAAUUGGAAGAGAAAAAUAUAUGAUUGGUGAAGCAUUAUUUCAGCCUUCUAUAUUGGGUUUAGAAGCGAAUGGAAUUGUUGAGCAGCUGGUUCACAGUAUCUCCACCGUGUCAUCUGAGAAUCACCGUCAGCUUCUGGAAAACACAGUGCUCUGUGGUGGCACAUCUUGCAUGACUGGCUUUGAGGACAGAUUCCAGAAAGAGUGCAGCUUAAGUAGCUCAGCCAUCCGGCCUUCUCUGGUUAAGCCGCCAGAAUAUAUGCCUGAAGACAUGGCCAAGUAUUCAGCGUGGAUUGGAGGUGCAAUUCUUGCCAAAGUUGUAUUUCCUCAGAAUCAGCAUGUGACCAAGGCAGAUUAUGAUGAAACGGGGCCUUCGAUUGUUCACAAGAAAUGCUUCUGAAACUUGCUGUUAGUAUCCUGCAUACUUUCAGUUUCACCUGUACACUUUGUAACAUAUUUGAGUAGGUAGUCAUGUACUGUGUUUGUUUUUGUAAAAAAGUCUAUGUUGAUCGAUGUCAAAAUAAAUGCAUCUGUUUUUAAACUAUGCUUGAGUAUAGAUACGAUAAUUGUAGCUGUACAAUCAUACAAUGUGGCAGAUGUUCUUCGAGAUGUAUAUGUACAUCCUUGAUCCUUCAAA